CGUGGCCGGCUCUCGGCGCCGCCUCCGCCAGGCGCCCGCCGCACCAAGAAGAUGGAGACCCACAUCUCGUGCUUGUUCCCGGAGCUGCUGGCCAUGAUCUUCAGCUACCUGGACGUGCGGGACAAGGGUCGAGCGGCGCAGGUGUGCACGGCGUGGCGGGACGCCGCCUACCAUAAGUCGGUGUGGCGGGGGGUGGAGGCUAAGCUGCACCUGCGCCGGGCCAACCCGUCGCUGUUCCCCAGCCUGCAGGCCCGGGGCAUCCGCCGCGUGCAGAUCCUGAGCCUCCGCCGCAGCCUCAGCUACGUGAUCCAGGGCAUGGCGAACAUCGAGAGCCUCAACCUCAGCGGCUGCUACAACCUCACGGACAACGGCCUGGGCCACGCGUUCGUGCAGGAGAUCGGCUCGCUGCGCGCGCUCAACCUGAGCCUCUGCAAGCAGAUCACCGACAGCAGCCUGGGCCGCAUAGCCCAGUAUCUCAAGGGCCUGGAGGUGCUGGAGCUGGGAGGCUGCAGCAACAUCACCAACACGGGCCUUCUGCUCAUCGCCUGGGGGCUGCAGCGCCUCAAGAGCCUUAACCUGCGCAGCUGCCGCCACCUCUCGGAUGUGGGCAUCGGGCACCUGGCCGGCAUGACUCGCAGCGCGGCCGAGGGCUGCCUGGGCCUGGAGCAGCUCACCCUGCAGGACUGCCAGAAACUCACGGAUCUGUCUCUGAAGCACAUCUCGCGGGGGCUGACGGGCCUGAGGCUUCUCAACCUGAGCUUCUGCGGGGGCAUCUCGGACGCGGGCCUCCUGCACCUGUCGCACAUGGGCAGCCUGCGCAGCCUGAACCUGCGCUCCUGUGACAACAUCAGCGACACGGGCAUCAUGCAUCUGGCCAUGGGCAGCCUGCGUCUCUCCGGGCUGGAUGUGUCGUUCUGUGACAAGGUCGGGGACCAGAGUCUGGCUUACAUUGCCCAGGGACUGGACGGCCUCAAGUCCCUGUCCCUCUGCUCCUGCCACAUCAGUGACGAUGGCAUCAACCGCAUGGUGCGGCAGAUGCACGGGCUGCGUACGCUCAACAUCGGGCAGUGUGUGCGCAUCACGGACAAGGGCCUGGAGUUGAUCGCCGAGCACCUGAGCCAGCUCACGGGCAUAGACCUGUACGGCUGCACCCGGAUCACCAAGCGCGGCUUGGAGCGCAUCACGCAGCUGCCCUGCCUCAAGGUACUCAACCUGGGACUCUGGCAGAUGACGGACAGUGAGAAGGUCAGAGUCCUCCACAGCGACAAGAGAGACCAUGGAGUUAAAGAAACCCAGAGACCUUUAUCAAUUGAUUGUACUGUUUGUGAAUUUGUAUAAAUGAUAACAAAGAUCCUCUUAAAACGUUUAUAUUCUUACAGUAAAAGGUUAAACUGAUAUUUAUAUAAUAAAAGAGGAAAUAUGAAGUAUGUUUUUGAAAAAAAAAAGCACACACAAAAGAAAAACUCCUUGUAUCUGUGAAUUAUUUUUGAAGCAUUGUGUGUUGGGUACAUGCCAAAGUGGGAGGUGCCCAGUGUACAGGCUAAGCGGAAGUAAGGGUUAGAAUUGGGUUUGUCCAUGUGGUGUGAAUAAGCUCAUAGUUAAGAAUAACUAUAGUUUCUUCUGUGUAACAUUUACCAUUGACAUUACAAAUGUUCUGUUUCUAGGAAUGUGAUUAGACUGGAGAUUUCUAGAACUUCUGGAUUUAACUGUCAAAAUGGAAAUUGAAGGAAAGUGAAACAAAAUGAAACUUAAAAAAAAAAAAAGGUUAGACUUCUAAGAGUCACAAUUUCCCCAAGUGACUUUGGGGGGGGGGCGUGUUUGGGCAUGUGGGAAUGAGAUCUAGGGGUAAUAGUGAAAGGCUCUUGGCCUAUCGGAGUAGGUGAGAAAACGGGUGUCUUUCCCCUCAGAGCCCAGUGUGAAGGGUGGAGGGAGCAGAACCUUUGUCCAGUAAAAGUUGAAAGCCCUGUCCUGGCUGCCUGGCCCAGUCAUGCGUACUGGGUGAGCAGGUCCAGGGGCAGCCCACUCCCCUCUUUAACAUUCCCCUCCAGGCCUGGCUGCCUCCAGGCACUGUCCUGGGGGUAGGGAGGCAAGCCAGGAGUUGGUGCAUAUUUGCAUUUCAAGCACUUUUCCAGAGCCCAUGCUGGCCACUUAGAGCUGUUGAGGGUUCUGAGGCUGAAUUCCUUACAGAUAAAUAAGCAGCCCGUAAUUCUAGCAAAGAGCUCUCUUUGAAAGACAAUAAACUGUCUGACAUCUUGUGACUAGGGCUGCGGUGACCUGAGAGCUCUAACAUUGGAGUCAUUCAUAAUCUUGGUGAGCCUUGUUUUUAAGAUCACUUUUUCUUUUUAAGCCAAAAAAAAAAAAAAAAAUACA